GCAGAUUCUGCUUCAGUGGGUGUUGGAGCCUGAGAUUCUGGCUUUCUAACAAGCUCCCAGAACAGGUUUCUCUUAUUGCCUGGAUCCAACAGCAUCUCCUGGGUUCUUCGUGUUAGAAUACUGAAUGUCCAUGGAGAGUUUAAGAUGAGGAAGAAGAGGGCUGUCUCCUAGCUGAAACUGGUGCAGCAGGUCAUGCAAAGUAAAACCUCAGCAGCUGUGAUGAAGUAGAGCCAAGGGCCUGGGUGUCUGUCAACUCCAAGUGGAAGAUUUCCCCAGCUUUCUAGGUAACUGUGCUUCCACUGAGCAAGUCGGACACAGACUUGAAUGUCAUCACAAUUUGUGCCUGUGACAUCUUUCCCCAAGAACAGCACAAAUUGAACUUUUAUGUUCUUCAUAAUAUGGAAGGAAAGGUAUUGACUCAGCCACUUCUUUAUGCCUCAAGACAUCUCAUAUAUAUUUAUAUGGAUACAUACAUGAAUGUAUAUAUUCUGUCAUAAUGACGUAUUCUAUUUUUUUAUUAUAGCACAGUGUUAGGAUAGGCUACAUACGCUGCGUUAAACCCUCAAAUAGAAGUUUAUAUUAUGCAUCAGAAGCCAGUGCAUGGGCUCUCCUCGGCACAACAUCUCUAAGUGGUGACUUGGAGGUUCAGGCUCCUUUCAUCUUAAAAUGCCAUCAUCUUCAGCAUUUGGCCUCAAAAGUUGCCAGAGAGGGAGAAGAGAGUAUGUAUAAGACCACACUGCAGGAUCUGUGGUAGGUCUGCAAGCACUGCUGUCACCUCUGCCAAAUCCCGUUAGCCAGAACCCAAUCAUAUGGCCCCAUCCUAACUGCAAGGGAAGCCUGGGAAAGGUCUUCUUGUAUGCCAGGAAGAGAAAAUGAAAUUGACAAGUAUCUAGCCAGUCUUUGCUACAAGUUUCUACAUGUUGGAAUUAUUAUCUAUAUUUUUCUUCUGAUUAUGCUUAGCAUUUGAUACUAUGUAGACUGCCUUGUUGAGUCCUACUGUAUUUUGUGACAUCCACAUGCAGCAUCCCAUUCCUCACGACAGGACUAGGAGUGGUCAGAAGUUUUAUCACCCACUUUAUGGGUGGAAACCCUGAGGCCCAGAGCAGUUACAUGGCUUGUCCAAAGUUACAUAGUACUGUUAACUUAAAAACACAAUUUAUAAAUUUAGACAAAGAAAGAGGAGACUUUAUUUCUUAUAAAGCCUUCAAGAUGGCUAUCUCACAGGCUGGGAAGCUCAGCCUUCAGCAGAAGCCCAGAGACAAGCACUUUGAAGGCAGAGGGGUUGGGAUGGAGCUUUAUGCUGAACAGGUUGGCUAAAUAUACAUAUUCAACAGGUUACAGGAGGAGCUAUGAAUAUUCAUGAGGGUGGUCCUGACACACGCAUAUUGAACAAACAUACGUGUAACACAUGACCCAUGUUCACUUUGGGAUGGAGACUUAACAUUUCAAUGUAUUACAGUUAGGCCCUACACAUCAAAAGGUCAUUUCGGGACACAAAAGCUCACAAGUACACAAUCUCUGUAAACUAGUCAGAACCAGUCCAUGGUUGGUGGUCUUAUCAGGAAAAAGUUACUAAAAUUAGUCUCUCAUCCAAUGAAAGCUGUAGUUAUGGCUGGUGGAAUGGGGGUUCAGUUGGGCAGAGUCUAUGAGCAGGAUGAUUUGCAAUUGUUUAAAUAUUGCUUAUCUUGAGGCCAGUGCUUGUUUAGCUGCUGGAGAAAAAGAAAAUCCUGGUGGCAGUUAGAGCAUAGUUUCUUCCUUAGGUGUAGGAGUACAUGACUUCCCCUCACCUGGCAUGGCCUUAGGUCCUGUUUAUAAUUCGGUAUCUUAUUAUCACAAAGAAUCUGUUCUGUGAGUCAUGUGAUCUCUAUUGGAACAUUAAUGCUGCUCAGUUGUUGUGUCUAAACCAUAAAAGAGAGGGGGAGUAUAAUUAGGCAUGUCUGACCCCCCAUCGUAGCUGGGAACUAAGUCUUUAAAUAUUUUUCUGGGGUCCUCUUGGCCACAAGGGGGUCCAUUUAGUCAGUGGGGGCCUUGGGAUUUAUUUUUAGUUUACAUUGCUAAGUGACAGAGCUUUUCUUCUUUCACUCUGAGGUUAGUGGUCUCUCUGCUGUGCCACAUUGUCUUCCCCAGAAGCUCAAACUGGAUGCCCAGCCCUCAGUGUACAAACUCAAGUAUGCAAGAAAUACAUCUUUAUUCUUUUAUGAAUCUACCUAAUUUAUAUGUUGGAAGGUGUCAGCAAUGAAUUUCAUCAUUUUGGUAUUUCUCUACCUUUAAAGAUAUGUUUACAUUUGGGGUGGGAUGAAAGUUUGGUGGAGGGGAGGAUGGUUAGGUUGGGCCAAGGUAUUGGGAAAUCCAUUUGUUCCUCAUGUCAGCUGUUUGAGGAGGCACCAACCCAGAUGUCCACAGUUCCUUCUGGCCUUCCUUUACCGAUACUGAUGCACCUGUGCCUUCUUCCUAUUUGCAUGGCCCAUUUGUGCCCAGCAUCUUCCUGCUAUUUUGGGGCCAUUCCAGGGUCUGGGAAGUUCCGUAGGCUUACAACAUACAGCCAUCCUUCUCCCCAGCUUGCUGCCUCCCUGAGACACAGAGGUAGAGAAGUAGGAAAGGACCUACCCUACCCAGGCCUUUGCCCUCUCACUUUUCAUCCAUCCUUCUUCCCACCAGUGGAGGGAUGUGUUUCUAGUCUUCCAGGGAAGCCCCUCUCUCCUCACACCAUUUUCUUCCAAAUACUUUGGCUUUAUUCCUAAUCCUCUCUAGUCCUCUGAGGUUUUUUUAUAACACAAAACACAACUUACAGAAGUUGUGUUGUUGUUUUGCUGUUUAUCUUGUCACAUUAUUUCCCUACCUUGAGGCAAUAGGACAAGGGCCUGCUGUCCAGGGCAUGGAGGCAGGGAGGAAGGGGUAGGGGAAUACUAAGAAAAAAAAAAAUUUCUCGAUCACAUGUGUAUCACAUUUAACUUUAUAAGGUCCUGGUGAGGUGAGUAUCUGUGUGUCAUUGUUCUGAAACUAACAGUGAGGGGACGAAGCAUUGAUGGGAGUUCUUACAAUAUAUUUGGGAACUCGCAGGUGAGGG